AUGGAUCGAAGAAAGGACCCAAACAGUAACUCAACGGAGAAAAGAAUAUCCAAGGUUCAACACCCAAACAGAAAAAAAGUACGAAAACAAGUCGAAUUGCUAUCCAUAGACCGAGAUAGAAAUCAAGAGGAACCGCCUCAGCAGGCUAGAUCAAAAGAUCGCUUAGAAGCUGCUCGUGGACAUACACUGGGCCCCGAAAAGGAGAAUGGUGAACUUGGCAUAAGAAGCAUAUUCUACGAUAAAGAUUGGAAUCAGAGGGGCAUUGCGCCACCACAUUACAGAAAUAUACCUUACAAUCCUGAAACUUUCAAAAGACGAACCGAAGUUCAACCUAGACUGGGAAACCUUGGGAAUAUAAAAAUACCAAAAUGA